UUGGCGCGGGCGGUGGCGCGGGCGGUUAAGCGGAGGGCAGCAGGGACACAGAAUAGCAUUGAUGAGGAACAUGUUUUAGCUUUAAUUCUAAAGGAAGAUGGACUAAGUGAGCAGGAAUGCAAAAAAAAACUAAAAAAAUAUUGCCAAGAAUUGACUGAAGCAAAACUAAAUAUAGAACAAGUACACAAAAAACUUAAAGGUUUUUGCGAAGAUGGAAAAGCAGAUACAAAAUGCAAAGAACUGAAAGCCAAUAUUGAGAAAAAAUGUACUACAAUCAAAGGAAAACUUAAAGAAGCAAUUAAAAAAAAAAAUUCAGAUUUAACGGAUAAGGAUUGCAAAGAGAAUGAACAACAAUGCCUAUUUUUGGAGGGAGUAUGUUCAAAAGAACUUAAAGAUGAUUGCAAUACUUUGAGAAAUAAGUGCUAUCAAAAGAAACGUGAUAAAGUUGCGGAAGAAGUUCUUUUAAGAGCACUUCGUAGUGAUCUUAAUGGAUCAGUCAUAUGUGAAAAAAAACUUAAAGAGAUUUGCCCUGUCAUGGGGAGGGAAAGUGAUGAGUUAACAAACUUGUGUCUGAACCAGAAAGAGACAUGUAAGAAUAUUUUAAUUGAAAAAGAUAAGAAAUGCGGUACUCUUAAAACAGAUGUUUCAGCAGCACUUGGAAGUUUUAAAAAAGAAACAUGUCUUGAAUUACUUGAACAAUGCUAUUUUUACAUUGGAAAUUGCGGAGACGACGAUAUAAUUAAAUGUAUUGAAUUGGGAGGAAAAUGCCAAGAACAAAAUAUUGCUUAUAUGCCACCAGGACCCGAUUUUGAUCCAACUAGGCCAGAGGCUACAAUAGCAGAGGAUAUAGGGCUGGAAGAGUUUUAUAAGAAGGUAGAGGAGGAUGGAGUUUUUAUUGGAAAGAAUCAUCUAAGAGAUGCGACAGCUUUGUUGGCAUUGUUGAUCCAAGAUUCUAGUCUUAAAAAAAAAGACGACAAAGAGAAAUGCGAAGAAGCCCUUCAAAAAAGCUGCAAAAAUCCUCAUGAACAUGAGGCUUUAGAAAGUUUAUGUAAGAAAAAUGGUUUAAGUAAUGAUGGAACGAAAAAAUGUGAAGAAUUGCAAAAUGAUAUUAACAAAACUUGCAAAAUUUUCACUUCAAAAGUCACUAAUAAUCGUCUUUUUGAUCCAACAAAAGGAAAUAAUGAAAUUGUUGGAUGGGAAGGGUUGCCAACAUUUCUUAGCAACGAAGAUUGUGCGAAAUUAGAGUCCUAUUGUUUCUAUUUUGAAAAAAAAUGUCCAGAUGGAGAAAAUGCAUGUAAAAAUAUAAGAGCAACAUGUUACAAAAGAGGACUUGAUGCACGGGCAAAUAAAGUGCUGCAAGAAAAUAUGCGAGGAAUGUUACAUGGUUCAAACAAAAGCUGGCUUGAAAAGUUUCAACAAGAAUUAGUAAAAGUAUGUGAGAAACUGAAAAAAGAAAACAAAGGAAGUUUCUCAAACGAUGAAUUAUUUAUUCUGUGUGUACAGCCAGCAAAAGCAGCCCGGUUGCUUACACAUGAUCUUCGAAUGAAAACUAUCUUUUUACGACAACAACUGGAUCAAAAGCGAGAUUUUCCGACAGAUAAAAAUUGCAAGGAAUUGGGGAGAAAGUGCCAAGAUUUAGGAGAGGAUUCAAAAGAAAUUACGUGGCCAUGUCAUACACUGGAGCAGCAAUGCAAUCGCUUGGGGACUACAGAAAUUUUAAAGCAGGUUUUAUUGGAUGAACACAAGGAUACUUUGAAAGAUGAAGAAAGUUGUGUAAAAUAUCUAAAAGAAAAGUGUAAUAAAUGGUCUAGAAGAGGCGAUGACCGUUUCUCUUUUGUAUGUGUCUUCCAAAAUGCUACGUGUGAGCUGAUGGUAAAAGACGUACAAGAUAGGUGCAAAGUAUUCAAGAAAAAUAUAGAGGUUGCAGAGAUCGUUGAUUUUCUUAAAAAUAACACGAAUAACAUAACAACACUGGAAAGAAACUGUCCCUCCUGGCAUACGUAUUGCAAUAGAUUUUCACUUAAUUGUCCAGAUCUUACUAAAGGAGAUGCUCUUUGUACAAAGAUCAAAGACCAUUGCAAGCCAUUUUAUGAAAGAAAGGCCUUGGAAGAAGCUCUCAAAGUAGAGCUUCGAGGAAAUUUAAACAAAAAUAAAUGCGAAUCAGCAUUAAAAGGAUAUUGUACACAAUUAGGAAAAUUAAAUAAUGAAUCUAUCAAAAGUUUAUGCAAAGCUAACACCAAGGAUAACCCUAAAAAGAGCAACAAAGAUGCUAAAAAGGAACUCUGUGAGAAAUUAGUGGAAGAAGUAAAAGAACAAUGCAAAACAUUACCAGCAGAACUAAAACAACCAGCAGACAAUCUAAAAAAAGAUGUUAAGACAUAUGAGGAACUUAAGGAAGAGGCAAAGAAAGCAAUGAACAAGUCCAGCCUUGUUUUAUCACUCGUUAAGAAAGACGGAAAUAAUACACCGAAAAAUAAUAGAAAAAGCGAAGAUAAGAAUGACGUUUCAAACGGACUUCAAGAUACCACAAAACAUGUGAAAAUACUACGGAGAGGAGUUAAGGAUGUAUCCGUAACAGAAUUAGAAGCUAAAGCAUUUGAUUUGGCAGCAGAAGUAUUUGGAAGAUAUGUAGACUUGAAAGAAAGAUGUAAUAAAUUGGAAUCAGAUUGCGGAAUUAAGGAGGAUUGCAAAGACUUAGAAGAAGUAUGCAAAAAGAUUAAUAAGGCUUGUCGCAAUCUGAAGCCUCUGGAGGUGAAGCCGCAUGAAACAGUGACAGAAAGCACAACGACGACCACGACGACAACAACGACCGUUGCCGAUCCGAAGGCAACGGAAUGCAAAUCCUUACAGACAACAGACACAUGGGUUACACAGACAUCGACACACACAAGCACGUCUACCAUCACAUCUACGAUUACAUCAAAAAUAACACUCACAUCAACGAGGCGGUGCAAACCAACCAAGUGUACGACAGGGGAUGAUGCAGAAGACGUGAAGCCAAGUGAAGGCUUGAGGGUGAGCGGGUGGAAUGUGAUGAGGGGGGUGAUAGUAGCAAUGGUUAUUUCGUUCAUGAUUUAG